AUGAACAGGGGUAUAAAUAGAUCAAAUUCUGCCACCCAGAACAGCCACCCGGCAAAAACUACCACUGGGAAAAGCCUCUGCAUCCUGAGCAAAAAGAAUCAGGCAAUGAACAUGAAGAUCAUUCCAGUUUUACUACUCCUGGCCCCUCUGGCUCUCCCAGCUGGAGCUGACGUGGAUUUUUUCUCUGUUGGUUCUGCUGGAUCUCCCGAAACAAAAUCAAAAUUUGCRAUGUUGGACGAUGUCAGGAUCUUGGCCACCGGACUCCUCCAGCUGGGSCACGGCCUGAAAGACUUUGUCCACAAGACCAAGGGGCAGAUGAACGACAUCUUUCAGAAACUUUACAUUUUUGACAGGUCCUUUUACGAGCUCUCCCUGCAAACCAGYGAAAUCAAGGAGGAAGAAGAACAGCUCCGGCAAACCACGGCCAGGCUGCAAAUCAACAACGAGGAGAUAAAGAACCUCUCGCAGGAGAUGAACCUGAAGAUUGAAGACCUCAUACAAAACAAAAUCCAGCUGCAGGAGCAAGUAUUGGGGCUGGAGGACAAGGUCACCAAGCUGGCCAUUAUCCAGCCGUCGAUGCAAGAGACAAAAGAAAUUUCUUCACUCAAAGCUUUUGUGGAGCAGCAGGACAAYGACAUCAAGCAGCUCCUGAAAAUCGUGGAGGACCAGCACAUGCAGCUGGACAGGCAGCACAACCAGAUCAUGGAGCUGGAGGACAAGCUAAACCACAUGGAGCUGCAGGAACUCCUGGAGGAUUCCUUCACGUGGGAGCAGCAGGAGCCAGAGCCCRUCCCCUCUGCUGUGCACAAGCCCCYGGUCAGGACACACGGAGCUGAUGGUGCUGCUGCAGACUGCACUGCUCUCUAUCACUCCGGGGUGCAGGCCAGUGGUGUUUACACCAUCCAGCCCAACGGCUCAGAAGCUUUCAGUGUCUACUGUGAAAUGAAAUUUGGYACUUCCUGGACUGUAAUCCAGAAGAGAGUGGAUGGAUCACUGGAUUUCAACCAGACUUGGGAUGCCUACACAAAUGGCUUUGGUGACCUCCAUGGGGAAUUCUGGCUGGGCCUGCAGAAGAUCUACUCCAUCACCAAGCAGGGGAACUACAUCCUGCGGAUCGAGCUGCAGGACUGGAGGGAGAACAGGCGCCACAUCGAGUACACCUUCAGCCUGGGGGGCCCUGACACCAACUACACCCUGCAGCUCUCCAGGAUGGCCGGGAGCAUCCCCAACGCGCUGCCCGAGCGCACGCGGCUGCGCUUCUCCACCGGCACGGCCGGAGAGUUCGACUGCCCCGAGAACCAGCAGGGAGGCUGGUGGCACAGCGAGUGCGAGGAAACCAACCUGAACGGGAGGUAYGUCACACCCAGGUCCAGGGGACGGCUGGACAGGAGCAAAGGCCUCUACUGGAAGCCUAAGAAAGGAAGAUACUACCUGCUCAAAUCCACCAAAAUCAUGAUCCACCCAACGGACCUAAAAAGCUUUGACUGAGCACUCGGCCUGCUGCAUUUUAAUUGAGGACAAACACACUGAGCUUCACCACACCAAAGGACUUGAUGCUGUGUUUACUGACAGAUGCCUGUCCCAAUCCAUGCCCUGCAUGGAAUUUUCUCCAAAACAUAACCCUGAGACAUCUGAGGKGGUCUUGCAAAAUGUUUGGUGAGUAUUGUCAUUCCCUCGAGCCCCGAUGUCAAAGUGCUGCAACUUUUCAUGGAGCUUUUCCCUCCCCAGGAUGAGAUUCCAAUGCCUAGGAGACAACCUGUCAUGUGCUGGAUAAUAUUGUUUGGGGGAAUGGGUUUUCAGGCUGUGCAUUCCUUUCUGGGCUGUGCAGCAAGGAAAACAGAAAGUGUUUUCUGGAAACAAAGGCCUGGCAAAACCCUACGGAAAACAUUUAGGUGUUAAUCCAUGGGAAAAAAAAAGAAAUUUUGUUUUUUUUGAAGUAACUGCUUGGAUGUUUGGUUCAAGUUUUUGUUGUGAGGUGUUUCUGUGAGCAAAUCAAAGAUGGGUGAUUCCUCAUUUUAGGGCUCWGGGUGUUUUCAGGUAGCUGAGGCCAACCCAUCCUCUUUGGAGCACUGUUCCCCACAGCCCCAGGUGUGUGCACACACAGGGAGCCAGAGCACAGCCCUGCUCCUCUGGAUCCCACAGAAACUGCACAGUUGAGAGCCAAACCCACUGAAAUGGGCAGAGAUCUGCUCUCACGUGAAAGGAGCCAGAGCCAAACCUUUGUGAGCUUUCACAACCACCCAAAAAUUUAAACAAACAAGCCCUGAGCACCCGACAGAUCACCUUCCACAGAGGGAACAGCUGCUCCAAUGGGGUCAGGGCUGCCAACCCACAAACCCAGUGGGCACAGCCCAUGGCACAGGGCUGGGCAGCUCCUGGGGACACCCACGUGUUCCAUUCCAGCUGCAGUCAGUGCCACCCUUGUGCUGGCUCUGGAAAUGCUGCCUGACAAAAACCCCAAUCCCACUGAGUCAUAUUGACUUGUUUAUCCCACCCAGCCCUUGGACAGUGAGGGGUUUUUAACUCAGCACUUGCAAUCACACCAGAAAUGGUUUUGGCUGUGAUUUGUCAGAGCAAAACCCAGUGAACAGAAUGUGUUAAUUACAGAAACACAAAAAAAAAAUCAUUUUACUUCUCGUGGGUUUAUAACAAAGAUGAGAUCAUGCACUGCUGCUCAUUUGUACUGGUUUGCUGUAAUGUUAAAUUACCUGUCCAAUAAAUCAACAGACAAAUAAAUAAAUACAAACUUUUCACAAGACGGAACUUGACUAAACCCUUC